AUGGAGGCCGACUGGGAUGAGCUGUCGCGCAUCCCAAUGCCCCCGCCCAGUCCGCAUGCUAUGCCAACUAUUGCGACGGCGACGGCAUUUGACGAUGUUAUGGAGCUUUUGUGGACAGGCAAUGAAUAUGGCAGGGUCACUUCAUUCUAUGGACCAGAGUUGCAACGAUAUACCUCCGUUCGGGCCCAUCCAGUAUCCGAUGGCAUGGUACGACAGAUUCUCUUUCACGAAAGAGGAGUGAUUUCACUAUCUUCGAAAAGUGUACAUAUGAUCACGCGGCGAGGCCUGACCCAAUGGCAUCUUGCUCACGAUGAAAUGGUCGAUCUGCGUUGCAUGAGUUUUACAGCCCAAACAAAUCGAAUUCUCGUCGCAGGUUGUCAAAGAGUGAUGUUUACUGUGGAUAUCGACAAGGGUACAAUUGUUGAUAAGCUUCCCACCGAAUUCGGCUACACCCUCAUGAAAAAGAGUCGAUAUCUCUGCGCGGCUACGGAUACAGGAUCAGUCAAUGCUCUCAGUCUCUCGGACUUUAGUGUUGUCAAGUCAUGGAAGGCCCACGGGACAGCUGUCAAUGACAUGGAUGCGCGAAAUGACUUGCUGGUUACCUGUGGCUUCUCCGUCCGCCAACUUGGUGCCCCCAUUGUGGACCCCCUUGCCAACGUAUAUGACCUGAAAACCUUGACGCCGUUGCCUCCGAUUCCGUUCCAUGCAGGUGCAGCAUAUGUACGCAUGCAUCCCAAACUUCACACCACCAGCUUCGUGGCCUCACAGACAGGACAACUCCAAGUGGUGGAUCUUAUGAACCCAAAUGCAGUAAACUUGCGACAGGCCAAUGUGUCUCUCAUGCUUGGGAUCGACUUGUCACCAUCGGGGGAGGCAUUGGCUAUCAACGAUGCCGAAUGCUCAAUUCAUCUGUGGGGCUCGCCGACCAAAGUCCAUUUCAAUGAGAUGAGUAAAGAGACAGAAUUUGCAGAUGUUCCCACACGACCACCUCCGAUGGACUGGUCUCCAGACGUUCCACUGAGCAUGGUUGGAAUGCCUUACUACCAUGAGCGCCUCCACUCAGCUUGGCCAAGUCAUUUGCUUUUCGAGGUUGGCAGUCCGCCUGCUCCAUUAGAUCAGUCAAUACUGCCAUAUUUACGCCCGGCGGAGAUGGGGCAUCAUGCUCCAAAUCCGAGAAAGACUCGUCGAAAUCAGGUGGAAAAUACCCGCGCUCUCACCACGGCGGAGCCAGCUCUCAUUGCACCUAAAUUCCUGAGCGAAAAGGCUCGAGAUAUUAGCAAGUCAGAGGGCGCAAUCGGCGAUGCAGCUGAGGCGCUGGCUGGGGCAAAGAUCAAUGGGGAGAGCGAUGAUGAUCCAUUGCUCAAGUAUAGCAACGUCGAAAUCAAAUAUAGUCGAUUCGGUGUGGAUGAUUUCGAUUUCCGAUUUUAUAACAAGACCGCAUUUUCUGGUCUUGAAACUCACAUCGCCAACUCCUUCACCAAUUCCCUUCUCCAACUUUUCAAGUUUAUCCCCCUUUUCCGGAACCUCGCACUAAAUCACGCGGCUGGGUCGUGUCUGAUUGAACAUUGUCUGUUGUGUGAACUAGGCUACUUGUUUGACAUGUUGGAAAAGGCCAAUGGCCAGAAUUGUCAGGCUACCAACCUUCUAAAGACAUUCAGCAGCUUCCGAGAAGCCUCUAAUCUAGGUCUCCUGGAAGAGAAUCUUCCCAACAAGUCACUUUCAACAGCCAUCCAGGCAGUCAACCGUUUCUUCCUGACGCAAAUAGCUCACGACUUCCGCAUGAUUCAACCAAGUUCUGAGGAUCUCGACCAACGUCUCGCCACAGUGGCAUCCGAGUCUAUUCGGUGUAUGUAUUGCCAGAAUGAGAUUGUUCGUCCUGGCAAUUCACUAGCCAAUGAACUUAUAUACCCGAACAUCGACAUGAAACAUGCACGACGGAAUCCGGUAUUCCGAUUCUCCAACAUCCUUCGCGCGAGUAUUGAAAGAGAGACACAGAACCGCGGCUGGUGUAAUUAUUGCCGUCGCUACCAGCAAGUGACUAUCCGCAAGUCCAUCCAUCGUAUGCCUUUGGUUCUCGUCCUUAAUGCUGCCUUGACCAAUCCUCUCUGCCGUCGACUUUGGUCAAUGCCAGGCUGGCUCCCUGACGCUGUUGGCAUCCUUGUUGAUCCUAGUGGACAAGUGAUGUGUUUCGAGGGUGAUGAGCUCCAACACCGACUUCAAAGUCAGACUCCGGGGCUUGUGGUAUACGAUCUGGUAGGCUUGGUGGCGGAAAUUGACAUUCCUGAGCACCAAAAGCCGCAUUUGGUGUCCUUCGUCAAUGUUUCCAUCUCUGGCCGUGAAAACCAAGACCAAAGCAAAUGGCAUUUGUUCAAUGACUUCUUAGUCACCGAGGUCGAAAAGGACGAAGCCUUACGAUUCACACAACCUUGGAAACAACCCUGCGUCCUGGCUUACCAAGUCCGAGACCCAUGUCAUGUCGUCGAUGACUCCUGGAAGAAUCACCUUGAUAAGACCUUGCUAUUCCGGGAGUGGUCUUUGAAUGGUGGUCGUCAAGUGGAGUCAUGUCGUACUCUCACCGAGGAAGAACUGCCAAAGUCCGGGAUACCUGUCGCAUUGGAUACUGAGUUUGUCGAUCUCGAAAAGGCUGAGAUUGACGUCAAAGCAGAUGGAUCACAGGAAAUGGUCCGUCCCAACAAGAGUGGGCUGGCUCGUGUAUCCGUCUUACGGGGUCAAGGUAUCCAAGAAGGGGUCCCCUUUAUUGACGACUAUAUCAUCAUUCGAGACCCGAUCGUGGACUAUGUUACUCAGUAUUCUGGGAUCAAGCCUGGUGAUCUGGAUUCGCGAACCAGUGAGCACAAUCUCGUGACACUCAAGGCAGCAUACAAGAAGCUAUGGUUGCUUCUGAACUUGGGCUGUGUGUUUGUCGGUCACGGUUUGGCAUCUGAUUUCCGCAAGAUCAACAUCCAGGUGCCAAAGUCUCAAACGGUGGACACUCAAUAUCUCUUCUUCCACCCUGGCAAGAACCGUCGCCUCAGUCUGAGGUACCUAGCCUGGGCUGUUUUCAAGGAAUACAUCCAGGAGGAGCCCACACCCGACACCGUUCAAGGCCACGACUCCAUUGAAGAUGCUCGCAUGGCUUUGCGCCUGUGGAAGAAGUUCCAGGAAUACGAGGAUGCAGGCAUUGUCGCACAAAUGCUCGAAGAAAUCUUCCGCGAAGGCUCCAAGCUGGGCUUCCGCCCACCUCCUAAAAACGGCGGCACUGCUGUCGUUCUCUCUCGACCGGGUACCGCUGUCACCAUGCAGAAUGACAGCGGACGCAACACUCCUAGCACCCCCGAAACCCGUUCUGCAGCGGUCGCUGCAACCACCGCCAACCCUGGGCCUACCAGUGCCCCCACCACUCCUCGCCAGGCUUUCAGGCGAUCUAUCGCGUUGACUCCCAGCAAUGGAAGCUUCUCUGGGCCUGGUGCUGGUGAUUUCUUCGGUGGCAGUCCCUUACGAUAA